GAAAGGGAAGCUCCAGCCCAUGUUUGGAAAUGUUUACUCUGGGGUGCUGUCUGUCAGGCAGAAACCUCUAGAUUGCACUCUAGGGACCAUCUAGUAGUGUACCGUUAGGUGUCCAUUGGAAUUGAAUCUCGAGGGAGAUCAUUCUACUAACUAAACAUGGCUCAAGCAAAAAUCCACCAUGCUAAAAUGACUGAAGCCGCUAAAGGCAAAUUCAGCAGAUCAAUGUCUAUGGCAGAUCGCUCCGGACAACUACUUGAAAGUUUGGACCAGCUGGAAAUAAGGGUGGAGGCUUUACGUGAAGCCGCAACCUCAAUGGAACAGGAGAGAGAGUGCUUACUGGAUAUGAUACAAUCCAUAAAGAAUAGUGAAGAAAUGCGCAGCAUUUGUGACGGAGAGAGAGAGGAACUAUCUUUAACUGCUAAUCGUCUUCUGGGUAGGACGCUAACAGUUGAAAUCUCAGUGGAAACCAUAAGGAACUCCACACAGGAGGAUGCGUUACACAAGGCUACCUCUUUGAUUGAUGAGAUUGCAACAAAGUUGCUUGACGACAUGGAUGGUGCCAGAAAGCGCCUGAUGGCACUGCACGCUGCCUGUGUGACCGAGGCACCACCUGUUCCUAUCGAUACAAAAUUCCAGACGAUCGUCAUCACCUGCGCCUUGGAAGAUCAGAAGAAAAUCAAGAGGAGGCUUGAAACUCUGAUAAGGAAUGUGGAUAAUGCUGAGAAGAAUAUCAAGAUAAUGGAUUUCCAGAAAGUAGAUGACUUAAACAGUGCCAAUGGCAAAUGAAGGCACUCAUACUGAUCCCCCUAAUAGCCCUAAUCAAUAGAAAGGCAUAAUAUACCUCAUUAGGCCUACAUUGGGAGACCAAACUCACUAUUACCUAUUUUCUCACAUAAUUAGUUGACAAGAUGGCAUUCGCCCCAUCUUCCUGGCAUGGCAUGAGGCAUAUGCAUAUCAAUCAGUUCCCUAACAUUUGAACCUAUAGAUUUUUUUAGUGCUUUGAACAUUUGAACAGCUCUUACAACUACCAUGGGUUGCACCUCCGUCACUCUGUCAUGUCGUUGCCAUUGUUAUGAACGUUUUACAGACGGCAAAGCCAUAUUGAUACCCAAAUGUCCAGUGAUUCCCAGUCAUUCUGGACAGAGGCUAAUGAUUUUUUGUCUAAAUUACACUAUAGUGGCCUGGAAAUACUGUUUGUCAAAAGUAGCUAGCAAUGCUAACGCUAGCUAAAAUUCGGUGGUCUCCCCUUAAUCUUAACUAGCUAGCUAACGUUAUACUGAUUCUAAAGUCAAUCUGGCGACAUCAAAAUGAUGACAAAAGGUUUUCCUACUAAUUUUUUUCCUCCUUUUGAAAUGUAAUUGUAUUUCCAAGCCACAAUAAUGCACUUUAGACUAAAUCUUAAUCAACGCCCAAAACAAUAUUGUGACAAAACAUGCAACCCAUGAUAUUACUAACACUGUCACAUUCAAACCCUGUCACCACAAAUUGCAUAUAAAAUUAUUGCAAACUUUAAUAGUAUUAACAUUCACAUUAUUUUCUGAAUGUGAAUUUACAGUUGAAGUCGGAAGUUUACAUACACCUUAGCCAAAUACAUUUAAACUCAGUUUUUCAC